AACAAACUAAGACAGCCACACAGCAUAUAACUAAAGAGCCUUUCAUAGCCUUGUGGAGAGCAUUGUCAGUUGCAGCUUUCCUGCCAAAAGAAGCAAACCAUGGGACUGAGAGCUCUUCCCUUGUCACCUUCACAAAACAGUGUCCCUCCACAUGUAGGACUUCCACAACAUUUUUCUACCCAUAGGUUCAGUAGGAGCUCUACCUUCAGAGUUUCAGCUAAAAAAGAGAAUGGUGAGAAAGAAGAGCCAAAGAAGAGCAAGCAAUCUUUGUUUAGCAGUGUGACUGAGGCUCUAGAUUUCUCUCAAGUUAGGUCUGUAAAGGAUGCUGAGCUUUUGGGGGAGGCUAGAGAAGCCACCAAGUCGGGUGGGAGAAUGUCAAGGGAACAGUAUGGAGCUCUGAGAAGGAAAAUUGGAGGAACAUACAAGGAUUUCUUCAAAUCCUAUGUUGAAGUGGAUGGAGAAUAUGUGGAAGAAGGAUGGGUUGACAAAAGAUGCAAGGUGUGCAAGAAAGAUACACGGGGUGAACCAAGGCAAAUAGACAAUUUUGGAAGAUAUGUUCAUGUAGCAUGCUUGGAAAAGUCCAACUCAGGAAACUUCUUCACUAGAUUGUUCUCAAGAUAAACAGGGUAGUUUGUUUGCAAUGAACUUUUGCUUUUAUAGUUAUUAAUAGAUAACAGCAAUGUGGUGAAAGAGAUGGAAGUGAAUACUGUGUGUAGCAAUGCCCCCUGGAAAACAUAGAUUCUCCUCCUCUUGUUAGUAAAAGGAAAAUUUUCCAUUGGUUUUCUGGUUUUC